AUGCGUGGCAAGCGAUCUAAACAAUACAGAAAGCUCAUGGAGCAAUACGGAAUGCACUUUGGCUUCCGUGAACCCUACCAAGUCAUAGUCGACGCCGAGGUAGUUAAGGACUGCAAAAAGUUCAAAAUGGACAUGGUCUCCCUCCUCAAAAAGACUCUCCACGGUGAAGUCAAGCCACUUCUAACGCAAUGUUCCAUCCGCCACCUCUACGCAAGCAAAUCCGAACCCGGCAUGGACCAAACCAUCGAAAAAGCCAAAGAAAUCGAACGCCGCUUCUGCGGCCACCACCCACAAGACCACCCGGACCCGCUAAGCACGCGCGAUUGCAUCCACUCGGUCGUCGACGGCAAGGACACGGGGAGGAACAAGCACCGGUAUAUCGUCGCGACACAGGACCACGAGCUGCGGAGGGAACUGAGGGAGAUUCCGGGCGUGCCGCUCAUUUACAUUAAUCGGGGCGUGAUGAUUAUGGAGCCUAUGGCGUCUUCGUCGGCGUCGGAGAAGGCGAGGGGGGAGAGGGGGAAGUUUAAGGCGGAGUUGAAGACGACGGGGAAGAGGAAGAGGCAGGAGGACGAGGAGGAGGAGACGAAGGAGGGAGAGGAGGCAAAGGACGGCGGAGAGGCAAAGGAAGCGGUGGGCAAGGCGGGCGGGGAGGAGCAGCCGAAGAAAAAGAAGAAGAAGAAUUAUGGAAAGGCGAAGGGUCCGAAUCCGCUGUCGGUGAAGAAGAAGAAGAAGAAACCGGGACCGCCGGGCCAGAAGCCGAAGAAGGCGGAACCGGCGGUGGCGGCUUGA